UGCUUCCCGCGGGCACCAGCCUCUUGCGAGGCUUUGGGAAGGACGCGCGAGACUGCGGUUGUGGAUCCGGUUUGCGUCUGAGCUGCUGCUGCACCGGGCGCGCUGGCGUUCGCUGUGUAGCGAGGUCCUGUCACCCUUAGCCGUGCGCUGCGGCUCCUUCCCGGGCGCGGAGACUUACUGGCAGCUCAGAUGGUAAGGAAUCUGCCUGCAAUGCAGGAGACACAGGUUCAGUCUCUGGGUCAGAAAGAUCACCUGAAGAAGGGAAUAUGGCUGCCCAUUCCAAUAUUCUUGCCUGGAGAAUUCCAUGAACAGAGGAGCCUGGCGGGCUACAGUCCAUGGGGUUGCAGAGUUGGACAUGACUGAGCAACUAACACACACAGGCAUACCUCGGAGAUACUGCCAGUUUGGUUCCAGACCACCGUGAGAAGAGGCUAUCACCAUAAACCCAGCAGACUCUGACACUGUGUGUUUCCCAAGAGAAGUAUAUGAAUCAUCACUCUGUCCUGAGCCACAGCUGAGCCGACCUUGAACAGGAGACUUUCCAGACUUGACUACAUCUCCACGGGUGAGGAUUUCCAAGCAUGCCUGGUGGUCCUUGAGUCCCUUCCUUCCUCCAGAUUCCAGCCUUUUUUCGUGAUGCCGCAUCCUUUGCAUCCUUUAUGCUUUGCACACCUGUUGUCACUCAUCUGCUUCUCAUUUAACUUGCUGACUUCAGGAAAAAGACAGAGAGUUUCAAAUGCUGGGUGGUUCGAGGUGUAAGUGGUAUCUCCUGCCUCCCUGUUAACUGAUGAAUCCUCUUGUGUGUCUAAAAUCUCAUGAUGGAACCAAAACACAGCCAGACUCCAAGGAGAGAUUUCACAGUAUUGCACAGCAAGCACUCUUAUUCUCCAUCCUUUCUGUUAAUGAAAAUAAUAACAAAACAUUUGCUGUUCACUGAGUGCUCCUAUGUUUGAGUCUAGAGCAAAAUAUUUUAAUGUACUCUGUCAUUUAAUUCUAUUAUAGUAAGUAUCCUCUAGGGAAUAGGUACCAUUAACCCCCAUUUAUAUUAUUGUCAGAAUUAAGAGGUGUUUUUUUUUUAAUUUUUUUUAUUAUUUAUUUUUGGCUGUGCUGGGUCUUUGUUGCUGGGCACAGGCUUUCUCUAGUUGGGGCGAGCAAGGGUUACUCUUUAUUGCAGCUCAAGGGAUUCUCAUCGCAGUAGCUUCUGUUAUGGAGCACUAGCUCCAGGCAUGCGGGUUUAGUAGUUGCAGCCCACAGGCUUAGUAGCCUCACGGCUUGUGGAAUCUUACCAGACCAGAUAUCAAACCUGUGUCCCCUGCAUUGGCAGGCAAAUUCUUAACUACUAGACCAUCAGGGAAGUCCUGGAAUCAAGUUUGUGAUAAAGUUGGGCAACAGAGUUCAGUGUCUAAAGAACAAAUUCCACCCACUUAUUUAUUUGAUUUCUCAGCAAAUAGUUACUGAGCCUCUACCAUUAGUAUAUGCCAAGCAGAUCUAUUUAGUGUGUUGAGAAAAUUAGAGGGGCCCUGCUUGGGCAGCUCAGAGAAUCUUGGGACAGGACUAGAGUCUUCCAAGAAACAGCUUGCAUAUUUACUGUGAGUCAAAGCUUCAAUUACAUAGGUGGCAUUCAAGUUUACCUUUAGGAGAGUGUUCUAAGGAGCAGUCUGAAGCAUGCUUGCCUGAGUUUGUCUUGGCUUUUACACUUUCCUAGCUGUGUGGCCCUAGGCAGGGCUCUGUACCUCUCUGAGCCUCAGUUUACUUAACUAAAAUGUGGGUCACGAUGAUGUUUACAUGAUUGUCAUGAGGAUUUUAGUAAGUUAAAACAUGAGCUCCAUGGACUUAGGCAGUACUUAAAAAAAAGUUAGCUUUUAUUGUUAGCUUGCAAAGGCCUUAGAAAAAGUAUAACAAAACACCAAUUACAUAUCAGUUUUGGAAAACUGUAGUUCUCUGGUGACUAUCUGAUAUAGUUCAGUUGAAUAAUGGACUGUAGCCUGCCAGGCUCUGUUCAUGGACUUCUCCAGGCCAGAAUACUGGAGUGGGUAGCCGUUGCCUUCUCCAGGGGAUCCUCCCAGCCCAGGGAUUGAACCCAGGUCUCCCGCAUUGUAAGCGGAUUCUUUCCUGUCUGAGCCACCAGAGAAGCCGAGGAAUACUGGAGUGGGGAGCCUAUCCCUGCUCCAGCGGAUUUUCCCAACCCAGGAAUCAAACCGGGGUCUCCUGCAUUGCAGGCAGAUUCUUUACCAUCUGAGCUACCAGGGAAGCUCAUAAAAAAACACCCAUCACAUAUCAAGUUUUGAAAACUGUAGUUCUCUGAUGACCUGAGAUAAUUCAGUAGAAUUAGCUAAACUGUUAGCCUUGUACUGAAUUGUUGGUCCUUAGUUAUUUGGGCUUUGGGAAAUUGCUACCACAGGUGACUCAGAGUGCUGGAUCAUAGACCAUCUCUUCUCAGCCAUAAUUAAGUCAUGGGAGUAAGUGUGAGCUGAACCAAUGCCCAGUAUGUGAUUAUGAAUUGUGUGCCAUCUGUCUGAAGAUGAUCUUCCCCUCUGUCUUCAGAGGAGGACAUGUAUGAGUGAACCUCUCAAUUGUUGGCCUGCUUCAAUGAGUGUGAGGCUGCCAUUUUAUUUAUUUAUUUUUAAUAUUUAUUUAUUCGGCUGUGCUGGGUCUUAGGUGUGGCAUGUGGGAUCUAGUUCUCCCAUCAGAAAUUGAACCCAGGCCCCCUGCAUUGGGAGGGCAGAGUCUUAGCCACUGGACCACAAGAGAAGUCCUACGCUUCUGCUAAGUCACUUCAGUCGUGUCCAACUCUGUGCGACCCCAUAGACGGCAGCCCACCAGGCUCCCCCGUCCCUGGGAUUCUCCAGGCAAGAACACUGGAGUGGGUUGCCAUUUCCUUCUCCAAUGCCUGAAAGUGAAAAGUGAAAGUGAAGUCGCUCAGUCCUGUCUGACACUUAGCGACCCCAUGGACUGCAGCCUACCAGGCUCCUCCAUCCAUGGGGUUUUCCAGGCAAGAGUACUGGAGUGGGGUGCCAUUGCCUUCUCCAAGAGAAGUCCUGUGGCUGCCAUUUUAAGUCCAACUGUUUUGUAAACUCCAUAAAUGCUAUGAAAACAAGCUACCUUUAUAAUUAUAAAUAAUUAUAUGUGAUUAUAGAUACAUGUACAGCAAUAAAUACUUUUCCUUCAGACUCCACACCAUGCUUGGCACUUUAAUGAACUGUGAACCUCUUACAGGAACUCCACGGCCCCAGGCAUCCGAGAUCCACAAAUCUGGAGGCCUGCAGGCUUCAUCCCAGUAUGGUUGCAGGUCAUGAGCUGGUGUUUAUGGAGCACCUGUUACAUGCUAGACAUCAUCAGAGGGACUUUAUAAGCUCAAUCUCAUCUGUCAGCUCUCAGAAGCUGGAGCUAUGACAAUCCCCAUUUUACAGAUGAGGUAAAAGAGCCCUGAAAACAUCUUUCCCAGUGUCUGGCCAGAGGUGCAGGGAGAGACAGGCGUUAUCUCCAGGCCGGGGAAAGGGCAAGGGCCGCCAGGAGCAAUGGCAACCGCUCCCGGCUGUCAGUCUCUGGCCCCCCUGGAGCAGGAGGGUGACGUCCUCGAGGGUGACAUCCUCGUCGUGAAGGUGGAGGAUGACUACUGCUGGGAAGAGGAGCCCUCCUCGGAGGCGGAAGACCCCAGCCCUGAAACCUUCCGCCAGCUCUUCCGGCUGUUUUGCUACCAGGAGGUGGCGGGACCCCGGGAGGCCUUGAGCCGCCUCUGGGAGCUCUGCUGCCGCUGGCUGCGGCCCGAGCUGCGCACCAAGGAGCAGAUCCUGGAGCUGCUGGUGCUGGAGCAGUUCCUGACGGUGCUGCCGGGGGAGAUCCAGGCCCGGGUGCGGGAGCAGCAGCCAGAGAGUGGUGAGGAGGCCGUGGUCCUCGUGGAAGGGCUGCAGCGGGAGCCCAGGAAGCAGAGGCCGCGGGAUCCGGAGUUGCUCCCUGAUGAUGCGCUGUCCCAUGGGACAGAGGAGUGGUUCUCAAAACACCAGGUGGAAGCCCAGCCAGAGGAGCUGUCCCUGGGGGAAGGGGCUCAAGACUCCAGCCAGCCGCCCCCAGCCCAGCUGAGCCAUAGGCCAAGAGGAGACCCCUCGCUCUGGCCAAAAAGGGGCCCAGCAGCUUCACGGCAUCAGGAGACAGCAGCCCUGGCCACAUCCUUCCUUUCAGCCUGGUCCCAGGUGCCAGUGGCCUUGGGGGGCGUGGCCAUGUACCUGUCCCAGGAGGAGUGGGGCUGCCUGGACCUGGCUCAGCAGGACCACAGCUGCGACGUGCUUCUGGAGGAUGCAGGACUCCCCACGCCUGGGCCCUGUCUGACCGCCCUGCAGGGGCGAGGAGAAGGCCCGUGGGACCCAGCUCGAGCAGCCUCGGGGCCAAGGGAGGUCUCUGGUGGAGCCAGUUCAGGGCGUGGGAGGCGCUUGGAGGCUGGAGAGGAUGCCGGGGAGGACGCGUCGCUGAGCACAGGGUGGGCCCAUGCGCGCCCAGAUCUGGGUCCGGGGCCCGGCCAGACCAGACCCCAGCAGCCUCAGGACAGAGCGGGGCCCCUCGGAGUCCGGAAGCCACACGCGUGCCCCGAGUGUGGCAAGGCCUUCCGCAAGACGUCGCACCUGGCCAAGCACCAGCGCACGCACACAGGCGAGCGGCCCUACCAGUGCCAGGUGUGCGGGAAGCGCUUCGGCGACCGCUCCAACUGCAGCACGCACCAGCGGGUGCACACGGGCGAGAAGCCCUACGCCUGCGCCGAGUGCGGCAAGCGCUUCAGCCAGAGCUCCAGCCUGGUCAUCCACCGCAGGACGCACACGGGCGAGCGGCCCUACCAGUGCCAGCUCUGCGGGAAGCGCUUCAACAACAGCUCACACUUCAGUGCGCACCGCAGGACGCACACGGGCGAGAAGCCCCACACCUGCCCGGCCUGCGGCAGGGGCUUCCGCCGGGGCACCGACCUCCGCAAGCACCAGCGCACGCACGGCGGGGAGCAGCCGCCGCACAGACCCGCAGGGCUCCAGGACACGCCUGGGGCCUGGGCCUGAUCAUUCGGGGACCUGCAGGGUCGUUUCAGCCCCGGAGUCAGCUCCCCUGUCUCCGGGCGUCUUUAGACUCUGUUCCCGUGGGCCCAGUGUAAGCAGGAAGCCGGGCCCCGCCGGUGGAUCAGGGUCCCGGGCUACCACGAAGGACCGCACGCAGGGGUGCGGGAAUUCUCAGUUCAGGGGUCAGAGUCUGAAGUCAAGGUGCCUGCGGGCUGCUCCUUCAGGAGGCUCAGGUGGGGUCCGUUCCGCAGUCUCCUCCGGGCUUGUGGCCACAGGGCUCUGCCACCACCCUCUCCCCCCCGCCCGGCCCCUUCUGUGUAUCUCCACGUGUGCUCCUGUCUUCUAAGAACAUCGUCAUUGGAUUUAGGGCACACUCAGUCCGGAACAACCUCAUCCUAGCUUGUUACAUCUGCAAGGACCUGUUUCCAAGUGGGGCCCCCUCUAAGGCUCUGACUGUUAACUUGGGGGACACCCUUCAGCCCACUUUGGGGGAAGCCUUGGUGGCUGUGGCCGCUUGCAGCUUUACAUGUCUCCGUCCUCCUGGGGUUGCUCUUCUCCUUCCCCCAACCUCACUGCACUUGCCGGGUGUAGCCUGAGGGGGUUCUCCAGCAUCACAGUGGUUGGGGGUCCCCCUUGCAGAUCCACAGCUGUCCUGUUGGAUGGAUGGCUGGUGCGGGAACGCUUCCCUGAGACCCUUCCUUCCAACCUCCCCCGCCCACCGGGAAGUCUGGAGGUUUCCCCAGGAGAGGUACCAGGGCUGUCAUUGAUCCGGCCCAGGUGGCCAUGUCCCAGGAUGCAGGCUGGCCUUGGUUGCCCCUCUUUGUCUUUAUGAUGUGGCCAUGCCUCUCUGAUUGGUUCCCAUCUGUGGCCUCACACAUGGCCGAGUGGCGCAAUAAGAGGCCUUGUUUGCUGUCGCCACGAGUGGGGCAGCUCUGAAACCUCUGGGUUUCAGAAUGUUCCCUCCCAUCACUAGACAUACUGUUCCUUUUCCACACACCCCACGCACCCGGUGUGAACUGCCCUUCUCUGCUCCCUUAAUAAACAGCGUCUGUCACUCA